UUCAGACUCAUUUAUAAGAAACUGCACUGCAGAUCCCUCAAUGUCUAAAGCCCCUGUGCCACAGCAGCCUCAACAGCUCAGAAAAGACAAUCCAAGCCUGUCCCAGCAAAGUCUGUUGUCAUCAUCUAGUGCACUUAGUUCCUUGGAGGAAAUUUGGCAAAUGUUAGAGAUGGGAUCAAGUCCUUCAGUUCUUAGCCCCAAGAACAACAUGGAUCAAGAAGAAUGCCAGAUUAUCAACGAACCCAAAAGACUUGAAGAGUCUCCAAGAAAAGCACAAGCAGAUCCCCUGACUGUUAAGGGGACAAAGUUUGAUGUCCAGUCACAGCUAAAACCAAAGAAAUCACCUCACGUACAAUCCAAGAAGCCAAAAAAAUCUCAACGAAUAACUAAAAUCCGAAAUUACAAUAUAAAGGAUUGAGAUUUCACUAGAUUAUCAAAUGUUCUUUGUAAAGUACACUGAGAUUGUUUUAUUUGUUUUUAUUAAGAUAUGAAAUAGUUCAAAUAUUAGUCUAUCAGCUACAUUGGUAUCUCUAAACCCAUUGCAUGUUGAAAGUGCUUAUUGUCUUUCUCUCUCUGCAUCUUCUCUUUCUAAAUCAUUUGGCUUCUAACUAAUCUCUCCAGACUUUAGAAGAAUUUAGGAAAGUAAAUUGUAUGUAUGUAGUAUAAUCCUCUCUUCAUUGCUAGCAACUGCCUUAUCCAUCACCUGUGAGUCAAACUUGCUAGUUACCCACAGGUAUGUUGCAUAGGGACCGUAAUAAUGAAGAACAGGUUGUUCACUUGUAAUUGUGGUUCUUCAAGUGAAGAGCC